GAGAGAGCAAGCAAGAAAUACGAGAGAGAGAGAGAGACGGAGAGAAAGAGAGAGAGGGGGAAGAGAGAGACUCAAGUCUAAUACCGCCGAAGACCACGCGCUACAGAAGACGGAUGAAGGCACGCGACAUGUCUCAAGGAUUCAGCAGGUGUGCGUGGAUGCCUCCCAGGUGUCGUGCUCGCAGGUCAUGGAUGGGAUAAGCGUGGAAGUACUGGCAGACAGCAGAUGAUAUGCCUGCACAGUUGGCACGGCUCACGCGAUGUGGCGCAACAUGGCAUGCGUAAAGAUGGGUCUCUUAGCUCUCCUGUGUCUCCCCGCGUGUCUCUUUCGGGUUCUCGUGCUCUCCCACAGCAGCAGCAUCUAUGAGCGGUCGGUGGUCCCACGUGCUGUUUCCCGCUCCGUGGCUCGCAUGGACGGAGACGUGAUCAUCGGCGCGCUCUUCUCUGUCCACCACCAGCCGUCUGCUGAGAAGGUGGCCGAGCGGAAGUGCGGGGACGUGCGCGAGCAGUACGGCAUACAGAGGGUCGAGGCCAUGUUCCACACUUUGGACCGAAUUAACGCCGAUCCCAACCUGCUCCCCAACAUCAGUCUUGGCUGUGAGAUCCGGGACUCCUGCUGGCACUCGUCUGUCGCCCUGGAGCAGAGCAUCGAGUUCAUCCGGGACUCCCUCAUCUCCAUCCGGGAUGAUAAGGACGGGUCCAAAUGGUGCAUUGACGGUACCCCAUCCAACCAGCCACCACCUUCCAAGAAACCUAUCGCUGGUGUGAUCGGACCUGGAUCCAGCUCUGUAGCUAUUCAGGUGCAAAACCUGUUGCAGCUUUUCAACAUCCCCCAGAUUGCCUACUCUGCCACCAGCAUCGACCUGAGUGACAAGACUUUGUUCAAGUACUUCCUGAGGGUCGUUCCUUCAGACACUCUUCAGGCUCGGGCCAUGCUGGACAUUGUCAAGCAUUACAACUGGACCUAUGUGUCUGCAGUGCACACUGAGGGAAACUAUGGGGAGAGUGGCAUGGAGGCUUUCAAGGAGCUGGCCUCUCAAGAAGGCUUGUGCAUUGCUCACUCGGACAAGAUCUACAGUAACGCAGGGGAGAAACAUUACGACCGCCUUUUGAGGAAAUUACGGGAGCGACUACCCAAAGCUCGUGUGGUGGUGUGUUUCUGCGAGGGCAUGACUGUCCGAGGUCUGCUGAUGGCCAUGAGGCGGCUCGGGGUUUAUGGAGAGUUCCUCCUUGUUGGCAGCGAUGGAUGGGCAGACCGUUACGAAGUUGUGGAGGGUUAUGAGCAGGAAGCAGAGGGAGGCAUCACAAUGAAGCUCCAAUCAGCGGUGGUCAGGUCCUUUGACGACUAUUACCUGAAGCUGCGUCUGGACAGCAAUACCAGGAACCCUUGGUUUCCAGAGUUCUGGCAGUAUCGUUUUCAGUGCCGCCUCCCAGGCCAUCCCCAGGAAAAGAAGAACUACAAAAAAGUCUGCUCCGGUGAUCACGGAAAUGAAAGUCUGCAAGAGAACUAUGUGCAGGAUAGUAAGAUGGGCUUUGUCAUCAAUGCCAUCUACGCCAUGGCUCAUGGCCUUCAUGAUAUGCACAAGGAGCUAUGUCCGGGACAGACAGGGCUCUGUGAGGCGAUGGAUCCCAUUGAUGGCAGCAAGCUUCUGGACUACCUGCUCAAAACAUCCUUCAGAGGAGUCUCGGGAGAGGAGAUUUACUUUGACGAAAAUGGAGACACCCCAGGAAGGUAUGACAUCAUGAAUUUACAGAGCGUGGGUGAUGAUCGCUAUGACUACAUAAACGUGGGGUCGUGGAGCGAGGGCAUCUUGAGCAUCGAUGACAACAAACUGUGGAUGAACAGCAGCGACAUGGUUCGCUCAGUCUGUAGUGAGCCCUGUUCCAAAGGACAGAUAAAGGUGAUUAGGAAGGGUGAGGUGAGCUGCUGCUGGAUUUGCACCACAUGCAAGGAUAACGAAUAUGUCCAGGAUGAAUUUACCUGCAAGGCGUGUGAGCUGGGAUGGUGGCCGGAUGAUGACCUGGCAGGUUGCCAGCCCCUGCCGUUGAAGUAUCUUGACUGGGCAGAUGUGGAAUCUAUAGUUGCUGUGGUUUUCUCCUGCGUGGGCAUCCUGAUCACCUCCUUUGUUACCUUUGUGUUCAUCCAGUACCGUGAUACACCUGUGGUUAAAUCCUCCAGCAGAGAACUCUGUUACAUCAUCUUGGCAGGCAUUUUCCUAGGCUACAUCUGUCCAUUCACAUUAAUCGCCCGUCCCACAGUGGCCUCCUGCUAUUUGCAGCGGCUCCUAGUGGGCCUUUCAUCUGCCAUGUGCUACUCUGCCCUGGUGACCAAAACUAACCGCAUUGCACGCAUUCUGGCUGGCAGCAAGAAAAAGAUCUGCACCAGGAAACCCCGUUUCAUGAGCGCCUGGGCCCAAGUGAUCAUUGCCUUUAUGCUUAUUAGUGUGCAGCUAACUCUGGAGAUUACACUCAUCAUUCUAGAGCCCCCCGAGCCCAUCAAGUCAUACCCCAGCAUACGUGAGGUCUACCUCAUCUGUAACACCAGCAACGUAGGCAUGGUAGCGCCGCUGGGCUACAAUGGCCUCCUAAUCAUGAGCUGCACAUACUAUGCCUUCAAGACGCGGAACGUGCCCGCCAAUUUUAAUGAGGCUAAAUACAUUGCCUUUACCAUGUACACUACCUGCAUCAUCUGGUUGGCCUUCGUGCCAAUCUACUUUGGCUCUAAUUACAAGAUCAUAACCACAUCCUUCUCCGUCAGCCUGAGUGUAACAGUGGCACUGGGCUGCAUGUUCACACCCAAGAUGUACAUAAUCAUCGCCAAACCAGAGAGGAACGUCCGAAGCGCCUUCACCACAUCUGACGUGGUGCGAAUGCACGUUGGAGAUGGGAAGUCUGCAGCUCAGUCAACAAGCAACAGCUUCCUGAAUAUGUUCCGCCGGAAGAAGACCGUAACAGGCAAUGCCAAUUCUAAUGGCAAGUCUGUGUCAUGGUCUGAAUCAGGUCCAAGACACCCUCCGAGGGGGGGGAAUGUGUGGCACAGACUGUCUGUGCAUGUGAGGAAACAGGAAGCCGGCUUGAAUCAGACGGCGGUCAUCAGGCCCCUAACUAACACCCCCGACCCCCACAGCUGUGAGCCCUCCACCUGCAACACUGGCACCGCCUCCCAAGAUCCCCCCCCAGAACCACCUGGCACUAAACCUCUGUACAACCUGACGGAGGAAGACGACGAGGGCGAUGCGCAGCGCCCUCUUUGGACUCCAACUAGCACUGAUCGGCUGCGAGGGCGGGAGUCGGAUUUGGAUGAGCCGGCUUCUCUUUUGCCCUUCCACUUGACAGGCCACACCACAGAUCGCUUGCACAGGGAUGUGGUGGACACGCACAGCUCCCAUGCACCUGCACUGAAUGACCGCACUGCCAAGGAGGCAAUGCCUGCCAACGAGCCUUUGAGCUUGACACCCUCUCACCUUCCUUCAGCUCCACAACACGGGGCAUUUGCAGAAGAGGGGCUUGAGGAUGAGGAACUGGACCUCUUACACGGCUACAUUUAUGACGCCAAGGAGGAAGGGGAGAGGGAGGAUGGGGAAGGUGAGGAUUUAAUUCAAAACAAGGCAACACUGGAGGAUUCCCUAGCUCUGUCUCCCCCCUCCCCUUUCAGAGACUCUGUGUAUUCAGGGGACUCUGUCACCGGCUCCCCCAUCAUCGAUUCGAUGCUCGGUAGCCCCUCGGUCUACACCGCCGACAUCCUCCGAGACUACGCACACAGCUCCUCAACACUGUGAGAGCAAAAACCAACGCUGGCACAGCGGCUGUCAGCAGACUUGAGCAUCACACAGAGUGCAUUACACCGACACACACCGACACACAACACGUGCAACGAUACGAUUUAACAUUUCGAGUUUUUAACAUUUGUUUAUUUGCUCUGACAUUUGCUUGCUUAACUGUAUUUAUUACUCUGCUGUUAUCAGUAAGUGGUUAAUCGAAAAUACAGGUAGACCACAAAUUAUCUACGAGUGCUUACGUUUCUGAGGGGCCGUGAGUGCACAAAGCCUUCCUGAAAAAUGUAAAACUGGGACGCGUGCCAAAACUAGUCAGCUCUCACGCCAAAUUUUUUAAUGAAUGAAGUAACACGGAGAGUCAUAAUAGAAGAUGUAGCUGUGUUUUUUUUUUUUGUUUUUUUGUUUUAAUAGAGACAGUGCAAUUGUAGAGUCUGCAAAAAAGAAAACACGGCAAGAGAAACACAGUAGUGUUUGCGCAGCGUGCUUACACAUCACAGACCAAACUUUCUCUAAAGACUGCAAUAGCUUAAGUGCAUUUCAUGCCAGUUUUGAUUAGCUCUGCUCUUCUGCUGCAGCACAUGCACAGGUCUGUUCAUGUGUAUAGCAGUCAAAGCUUCAUUCAAGAAAAUCAACUUUUCAUUGAGUAUUCAUUAAGUAACUGCACCCUUUCUCUAAUCAAACCUCAUUGCAGUUUAUAUAUUACAAAUUAACAAGAAAAGUGAAGUAUGUUGUUUGAGUAUUACAUUUAUGUGCCGCAAGGUGUGCUCAUCACAAAAGUAGUAUCAACGAACUCAGAUCCUGCUGAAGACUCGCGCUGUAUGAUAUGUGACUAUGGUUACAAUGUGCCAAGCAAAGUUGUUAUCAGCCUACAGCCCCCACUUUCUGUUUUAUUUAUUUAUUUAUUUUUAUGACGUAGCUGGUAAACAGGUAAAUAGGGUGAUUGUAGAUGACGGCAAUGCUGUUUAUUUCGUUUACACUAAAACCAUAACCCUGAGAAUUUUUACGCGCGUGGGAAAUGACAACAGAAAAAGAUUUUGCUUUCCAUGCUGUGUGGAUAUUUCCCACAUUUUCUGAGUUUGCUGUGUCAUUGUAAUGGAAAAACACAGUAAGUUGUACAAGUUAUCAAAGUUUGUAAUACUGUUAAGCCAUCUCUUGUUUUUCACGCAGGUGGUAUGUUUGUAAUACUAAUAAAUGUUUCUAUAUUUAGAAUGUCGACAGAAAAACAAAGUUUAUACAUUUUGCAACUGUCCUCGGAUACUCGUCAAAAAGCAGUGUGUUUGUUUUUUGGGGGUAAAUUUUAAGUUGAGCCAGUUGUAUCCUCUUGAACACAUUUGGUUGUAAAAGUAACCAAUGAUUGAUUGCUUCUUGUAACGAGAUGAUACAUGUUUCAAUUUUGUUUAAAUCUUGCAUUAUAAAGUUAAGUAAUUUAAUUGAGGUUAAGUUUCUUAGUUCUUUUAUCUAUAAGAAUGCAAAUAAUUUCAAAGUACGAGACUACACAGUACGUAGUGCAAUUGUAUUGUAUUUCCAAAUGUUUUUAGUCUAUUAUAGUGUAAGUUGUUAAAUGAUCUUAACCAGUGUAAAAUAUAUCAGGUGCCACCUGAAAAACACUGUCAAAUCUAGAACGAAAUAGGCCUUUAUGUUUUGGGUGAGCUGAACAUGAAAGAUGCUGUAAAAUAAAAACAAAACUUAUAUUAAAAA